AGCUGCGGCGAGCGCGUCCGGAGGUUCCAGCCCCGCCCCUCCGUACUCACAGGCUCGAGCCGCCGGGGCGCAGGGUCCCCGCCAGGGGGCGGCCUCGCUCUGCGCAGCGGACUCCUCGGCAGCCUCCGCCCGGGCGGCCGCUCCUCCUCCCCGGCCCCGCCUCCCCGGCCUCGCGCCGCCCGCCUAUCCGCCGGUGUCUGCAAGACAGUCAGUCUGUCCGCUCGCCCGUCCGUCCGCUGCCCCGGUUCCGCUAGCCCGAGUGCGCGAGUCUGUUCGUCGGUUCCGGCCACCACAAACCUGUCUCCCGACCCCGGGCAGCCCUGCUCUGCUACGCGAGGCCGGGGAUUGGCAGGGAGCGUAGGCCGCGUCGCGGCGGAUGGAGCCGGAAUAAAGAGGCGGCGGAGAAAGCAGCUGGUCUCUGCUCGCCCCGCGCCUGACCCCACGGGCGGCCUGGAGCAGAACCGAUUACUGGGGAAGGCAGAGCCAUUUUGGCAUUGCUGGGAGCCUGUCUCGAAGAGCCCCCUGUCCUGUAGGCUAUCUUCUUGCCUAAUGACGAGGGCUAUCUGACCAGCCCUCUGUGCCUUGUGUGAGGUUCUUGUCCGUUCCUGAGAGCCGGUAGCUUCUUUCUCAGGGUUGGGUUCACCUUAAGCUGGGAAACUGAAGCCAUUACUGUCCAAACCCAGUUUCAUCUUUCCAAGUAUGUCGGAAAGCUGGCAACAGCCACCACAGACUCAGCCACAACAGCCACAGCAGCCACAGCCUCAGCACCAUGCAGAGCCACCGCCAGCCCUGGCUGAACACACGUUGCCCCCAGGCACUGCUGAGAACCCACUGGGCUGUGCUGUCUAUGGCAUACUCUUGCAACCUGACCCAGGACUUCAACCCCCACAGCAUGCUCCCCUGCAAGCAGGGGAGCCAGGCCCCAAGUGUGGUGUAUGUGGCCAUGAUCUGGCACACCUCUCCAGUCCAAACGAGCACCAGUGCCUGGCAGGCCAUGACCGCUCCUUCCAGUGCACACAGUGUCUCAAGAUAUUCCAUCAGGCCACCGACCUGCUGGAGCACCAGUGUGUGCAGGCGGAGCAGAAGCCUUUUGUCUGUGGUGUUUGCAAGAUGGGCUUCUCGCUGCUCACCUCUCUGGCCCAGCACCACAGCUCCCACACUGGCAUGGUGAAGUGCUCCAUCUGUGAUAAGACCUACAAGCCCGCCGAGGCUGCUGAGCCGGCCACCACGACUGCCCCAUCGCUGCCCCCUGUGCCCCCGACCACUACUGUAGCCCCCUCGGAGCAACCGGAAAAGCCCUAUAGCUGUACCAUUUGCCAGAAACCCUUCAAGCACCUGUCGGAGCUCUCAAGGCACGAGCGGAUCCACACGGGAGAGAAGCCGUACAAGUGCACGCUGUGCGACAAGAGUUUCAGUCAGUCCUCACACCUCGUGCACCACAAGCGGACACACAGCUCUGAGCGGCCCUACAAGUGCGCCGUCUGCGAGAAGACCUUCAAGCACCGCUCCCACCUGGUGCGGCACAUGUACGCGCAUUCCGGCGAGCACCAUCUGUUCCGAUGCAACGUGUGUGAACUGCAUUUCAAAGAGUCGUCAGAGCUGCUGCAGCACCCCUGCACCCCGAGCGGGGAGCGGCCCUUUCGCUGCGGCGAGUGCCAGAAGGCCUUCAAGCGGCCUUCGGACCUGCGGCAGCACGAGCGCACGCACAGUGCCGAGCGGCCCUUCAAAUGCGACCUGUGUCCCAUGGGCUUCAAGCAGCAGUACGCACUGAUGCGGCACCGGCGCACGCACAAGACGGAGGAGCCCUUCAAGUGCGGCCUGUGCGAGAAGGGCUUCGGGCAGCCCAGCCACCUCCUCUACCACCAGCACGUCCACACCCUGGAGACUCUCUUCAAGUGCCCGGUGUGCCAGAAGGGCUUCGACCAGUCGGCUGAGCUGCUGCGGCACAAGUGCCUGCCAAACUCUACCGAGCGGCCCUUCAAGUGCCCGGUGUGUAACAAGGCCUACAAGCGGGCAUCUGCCCUGCAGAAGCACCAGCUGUCUCACUGUGCCGCGGCCGAGAAGCCCCUGCGCUGUACCCUGUGUGAGCGCCGCUUUUUCUCCUCCUCAGAGUUCGUGCAGCACCGCUGCGACCCUACCCGGGAGAAGCCGCUCAAGUGUCCGGACUGUGAGAAGCGCUUCAAGUACGCUUCCGACCUGCAGCGCCACCGGCGGGUGCACACGGGUGAGAAGCCCUACAAGUGCCCCAACUGCGAUAAAGCCUUCAAGCAGCGCGAGCACCUCAACAAGCACCAGGGAGUACAUGCCCGGGAGCAGCAGUUCAAGUGUGUGUGGUGUGGCGAACGUUUCCUGGAUGUGGCGCUUCUCCAGGAGCACAGCGCCCAGCACAGCGCUGCUGCUGCAGCUGCGGAGGGUGCCUACCAGGUGGCGGCCUGUUUGCCCUAGGGCCUCCGUGCCGCCUCCGGCCCUGCCUAGUCUCGCUUGCUUGCAGCUACGUGGCCGCAAGCCUGUCAACCAGCUCUCCUCUCUGGAGUGAGGACCAAAGGGUUCUGGGCAGGUAGAGGGUGCCCGUGUUCAGUACUCCUAGCACCAGCCCGGCUGUGGGGAAGCCAAACUGCUGUGGCCAGACCCCGAUUCCAUUAACCUCUUCUCCGUGACAGGACUUGCUUUCUGAGAGCCUGCUGUGCCCCUUAUCUAUAGGGAACUUGAAUCCCACCUGUUACUAGGUGCCUCUCUGCCCCAGGUAUGGGGGAUGUCAACUGGUUUUCCCAAAUCUUGCAGCCUAGUGAGAAGUCAGGUGGCUUGGGAAGGAGAAGUAGGGUUUCUCCUCCAGUGCUUUUUUUCUGGGGGUGGGGGGGAGGGAAGGCCAGUUUUGUGUCAGUUCUGGGGACUUAGAAUUUAGACCAUGAGCUACAAUCCUCUGACUGCCCGGCUAGGACCGAUGUUCACCAAUUCCGAGUUUCUGGUGGUUGGAUAUAUAGGAUAGGAGUCUGUGGGCUGGGUCUGCUUGGGGACUAGGGACCCAAUCAGGGUAAGGGAAGCAGAAACAUUUCACAGCACCCUCAGGUCAUUCAGUGCUGUCCACAGGGAAAGGGACAAGCAGCUGCGUGCUAAGAGCAGUCCUGGGUCGGUGGAAGCCCCUCCCCCCUCCUGCCUAUGAGUAGGUGCAGGGGAUGAAUGUGUCCUUAGUAGAGCUGCUGUUGUGGAGGGAUAGGACUGUUGCUCCCCCUUGUACUCCAUCCCUGGGAUGGGGAAGGAGGACCAAGUCCACGAUUUCUCCAGCAGAUAAGAGCAGGUCCCUUCUUCCCAAAUUGUGUGAUCCUAAGUGUCUGGGGCUCAGAGUCAUAGCUUCAGUUUGUCCCAGUGCUGCCUGAGGGCCAUAUGGAGUCCUGGGUGCCCAGGAUGAGGAAUGGCCUCUGACCCCACAGAGCCCCUCUAGCCCAGUCUGGUACCCUGAGCCAUCAGUCUGGCUGUGGGCUAAGGAUCUUCUGUUGCCAAAACAACCUUCUGUCCUUAGAGUCCUAGAGUACCCCUAGGUCUUUGACUGCUGACAACCUGCCUCUUAUAGCAAACUUGGGGAUACAAGGAUAGAGGAGCCUAGUAGGCAGCAUUCUUGGCAGGCACAUGGUCAGCCACCAUCACUGGACAGCUAGAGCCACCUCAAGAGCCUGGGGGACCUUUGUUGUCAAAGUCAUCGUUCUGAACCCAGCCCUGACCAUGCCCUUUUUAGCCAGCCCCCUCUCCCUAUCCAUGAGUCUUGAAAGAAGACUGACCAGGACCCAAACCAAGGGCCUGAUGGCUAGGAGUACAUCACCUCACCUCUUAUCUUAAAAAGUCCAGCUGGCCUCAUGCACCUGCUCUGUCUCCCAGGUUCUGUCCUGUGUCCACAGAGACAGGUAAGCAUUUACCUUGGGCUGACUCUUGGUCACAAAAGCCUCAAAAGACUGGAACUCAGUCCUAACUGCUAUUUUUUUCCCUUCCAUUUUGCAUUCUAAAAGCAAUUUGUUAUACUAUUCAUAACAUUGUAUAGCUGAAUUUCAUGUCAUUUUGGAUCAUAUAUAAAUAUGAGUUUGGAAUUUAAAAAGAAUGACUCCAUCUUAGGCAGCCACUUUUGAUGUUACUCUACAGUGAGCUUGAUGUGUGCUCUAAAAGUAAAGACAUUGACAGUGCACCCCCAGCUCUUCACUCGUUCUUUCCAGCGGGAAUGAUGGGAGGUGCAGAGGCUGAGAGUGAUACAGACCAGAGUACCAGAUUGGGUCUAGGCUUGAAUCCUGAGCUUUGAGGCUUCUGGGCUGUAUGACCUUGGACUGGUCACUUAACCUCUUUGGGUCAGUCGCCUCAUCUGUCAAAAAACUUAGUGGGUGGUUAACUUGUCUAGCUGUUGGGAGAACUGCAUGGACUCAUCGUAGGGACUCUGAGGAGAAGCUAUUGACAGGCUGACAGGCACCAAAGCAAUAUACCUCACUCCACCUGAUUUUAAGGUUUAGCAGUAGCUCUUGAGGGAGCUGGACUGUAAGAGAUCAGCAGCUCAUGAAAGGCCAGAAGCUGGA